CCUCCUUGCAAGGCCCCGUACCUCGUCCACUUCCCCAGAUCCUCUCUCUCCCUCUCCCGACCAGACACAUCCCGCAUACACGUACCGCAUCACACCAUGCACGGAAAUCGGACCACGCCGUCAAUAAAGCAAGUCGCUGUUGCCGCUAUCGGAGCCGCGGCGUUGUCAGCGGCGGGAUGUAUGGCGGCACCAACACCGAUGGACAUCAGCAACUGCGCCGAGCUGCAGGCGGCUGCUGAAGCGACCGCUACCGUGGGCAACGUGUUGGGGCAGCUUGUCGAGGAGGAGAUCUUUUGCGAUGAAUGGCUCAACGUGGAAAUUCCCGAGAACAAGCUGAAGCUGGACGGCGACGACGGGGUCACGUACAAGUUCGACAAAGUCCGUUUCGUGGUCAAGAGCGGAGCGGUUCUUCGCGUGGAGGUGCCCGUGAAGUUCACGGGCGACCGCACGCAGGUGGUCCACGGCGGCGUGCUGAACGUUGAGGAAGGCGGCAAGGCCCGCUUCCUCUCCUCGGUGUCGAUGGACGGCAUCGGCGUAGACACCGUAGACCUCGCGGACAUGAAGCACGGGGGUUGCGUUUACAACCAGGGCUACGUGCGAUUCGAGGGCGAGUUCUACGCCAACGGCUGCGAGACCGUGUCGACCAUUGACGAAUACCGCGUGGCCAUGGCCGGCAACGGUGCGGGAAUCUGGAACGGGAAGGACGCCAAGGUAGUAUUCAAGGAGGCGGUCGAGAUGGACUUCUGCGGAAACUGGCCCUGGACUUCCAACGGUGCCGAGCCGGGGGCGGACGGAGGGGCCAUUUUCUCGGACGGCGAGGUUUCCUUCUUCGAAGACGCUCUUUUCACGAACAACGAGGCAGACGAGGGAGGGGCGCUGUGGAUUGGCGUCACGGGCGUGGUCAAGUUCCUGAAAUCAGCCAAGGCCACCUUCCAGUCGAACUCCGGCCCCGGCAACGGCGGCACGAUCAACAACUACGGCGUGCUGGUAAUGAGGAACACUGCCUCCUUCAACCAGGGCCGGUCGACCGACGGCAGCGGCGGGUGCAUCUCGUGCGGUCCCGCCUCGGAGAUGGUGUUCGUCAAGAACGUCCUUUUCGACGGCUGCCAAUCGACGGAGCACGGCGCAGCGAUCUACAUCGACUACGACAACGUUGAGUUCCUUCCGGAGGAUGCGACAUACACCGACAACUUCAUCGUCAACAACUCGGAUGGCUUUUACAAGUGUGAGGAUGUCUACGUGGUUGGAGACGGCAGCGGCGAUGAGGACGCCUACUUGUGCCUCCCCUGAUGAGCCGCUGGCUUGGAAGAUGAAAGCGGCAAACUAUAGAUCUAGCUAGUACCAGGUUGGACUUCUGAAAUAUUAGAGUCCGACGGAUUUCCGUCAGCAAUUAGCAGCAAUUAAGGUAAUAGCUGCGCACCGGGGACUGCACUUGCUGGUCGAAGUGCUGCGUUGAAUCCACCCAUCCAUGGAAAGGUGUACCCUCCUUGGGGUGGUUAGUCUGUCACCACGGCAGGCGUCCGCGUCAGUUGGACCAGUAGUAUACGGAUAUUAUAGAAGGUACUGAGCGGAGACCGGAACGGAUUUUAGUGCGACGACAACAAAAACGACAGACAGUAUUUAUUUUCGUUGGCAUGGGGUUCGGUUGUGUUCCUUUUCAGGUGGGUUGGGUGGCGUCGGUUUUCGUUACUGUGAGCGCCCUCACAACUGUAUAGAGAACCCCUCGCGGAGCAGGAAUGGUGUGUGGCACCAAGCUUCGACGGUGGGUUGUUUGGUGUCGGGUAUCGUUGCUGAGCGCCGUCAACUGGGGAACAGUUCGGCAGCGGAGGAGGAUGGGUUAAACACCAAGUUUCGGGGGGUCGUUUGGCGGCCCCGCUUGUCAGCGAUGGCUCUAUCUACCCGUUUCGGGAUAUAGCCAAGAAACGUCUACACCCUACAAGCAUGCAAGGCUAUUCUAGUUGUACUUGAGGAUAUUUUCCCAUAACAAUCGUUUAGACCAUCCUAAUACACGUAGAAAGAGUGACGAACGAGCGUGGAUGUUGGAUGCUCUGGUGUGUUCUUGAUAUUUCGUGUAGUCUCUUGGUUGUUUUGUGUCUCAUUUUCGUAACCACUAGAGGUACAUGUAAUCGUUUGUGAUCGGGAAUGAAUGAAUGAAUGACUCUCGUAUUUACUCAGUGGUGAGAGCGGUUGGGUUCACAAUGAAAUAUGUCUGUCGCCUGCACCUACGUGUAGCUCGCGCGUGCACCCAUAGACUACUAAUACUUUUGUACGCCGAACCAUCCCUUGGUUUGUGCAAAAUUCGCACCAAGUACUACACGUUUGUGGCACGCGAGGAGAAGCCUUCUUGCACGUAGCCUCUGUCUCAAGCCUUCAUGUAUGUACAAGAUUUCGCAAGCCAAACAAAGGCUUCCCAUGCAGCCAUGGAACAGAGCAAAACCGUGGUGUCGCGGCGUGUGCUUGACGUGCGUAUGGGCGAAUAUUUUGCAACGUUGGAGACUGAAAGCUUUGAAACGAUGUCGAGACUGCCGUGAGUUAUUAAACGUUGGUUGGAGGCGGUGCGGACGAAAACAACGCAUUUGUAUGCAUAGAGAGUAGAAGAGAGAAGAAGUCUCUUAGAGGAGGAGUGAGCCUCAGGGGGGGCAAAUUUGCACCACACGACCCAAGCAGACACGCUGUAGCCGUUUGCGACCGAGCAUCUAACUGCCUGUACUCC